AUAAACGAAUCUUUUGGAUAUAUUCAAAAUUUUCAGUAUGUUAAAAAUUUGAAUUGGCGCGUAACCGCAACGAUGCAACGCAAUAACUGCAACACGGUCUUCUUUAAGCGUCCACUCCUUAUUUAAAAAUGAGUGAAAAUUCUAAAAGUAUACAUUUUUAUUUUCAUGAACAAUUCUAAAUUCGAAUUCAAUAAACUUUUUUGUGGCCAGCAUUCUAAAAGAAAAGUUUUUACUGUGUGACAAUACUUAUGACCUGACUAGUUAUAUAUAAAAAUGAAUUGCUGUUCGUUAGUCUCGCCAAAACUCGAGAACGGUUGGACCGAUUUGGCUAAUUUUGGUCUUGAAUUAUUUGCGGAAGUCCAGAGAAGGUUUAAAAGGUAGAUAAAUAUCAAAAUGCUCCGAAUUAAAUAAAAAUACCAAUUUUGUUUUUCCUUUGAUGUCCCUCCCGUCAGAUGGAUUCCUUUUGUUUGUUUUAAGUUUAUUUUAUACUCGAGGAGGCUUUAGCAAACAACCAGCAUGGAUUCGCAGAAGCAAAAUAAAAAACCAUCUAUUAAAUUUCACUUGGAAUUUUCUGUAAUUAAGUUUUAUUUUUUUGUAUGUGUAUUGGGUGCUAAUAGCAUAACUCAUUUCAUACCAGGUCUCUUGGUUCUGGCCUGCCAUCUUGCUUCCACGCAGAAUCUUGGUAAGGGAAAUGGAUUCGGAUCAACAUGCCAACAGGCGGAUCCCAUGCCGCAUCCGUACGACACCCGCAGAUAUUUUAAAUGUAACAACUCCGUGAUGCGCGAAAUGGCUUGUCAGAACGGGUACAAGUUCAACCCGAACACUUUGAGAUGCGAAUCAACGAAAUAUCGAAUCAUCAAAAACCAUUUCCUCGACAUUCAGUCAAACAAAUGGUGUUUCGGCGGCGUGCUCAACAGAGCCAUUACCAUCUCGAAGACUAUAGGGGCUACCAUCAUAAAAUGGAUAAAAAGUCACUCAAUAGUGCGCACUACCUUGCGUAUUGUCAUGUCGAUCAUAGAGAAAGCUGUGAAGAGUCUCUGUUCGUACUUCAUGUACAUCUGUUCAUCAAAAACGGAUAAAUCCUGGGGUGGUUGGUUCGUUGACUGCCAGGAUUGUCACAAUAGGCCCAAAAAUGGCAUGUCCGAAAACGAUAUGAGCAACGCACUUGCCCAAGGGAUGAGCAUAGGCAUUAAAAUGACCGGCAGCUCGUCCACGAGACUUACUUCAUCGGUGAAUUCAAUUGAGGAUGGUAAAUUAGAAGCUGUACCAUUGAAAAUGGACUUAUCUCGGAGACAGGGAUCCACUCCAACUGAACACCACGAUUCAUCGGCGAGACAAGAGGUACCUUCCACGGACAAUAAAAAUGUGGUGCCUCCUAGGCAAGAAGAAGAACAUCCAUCAGAUAAUGUCAAAGAUCCCGCAUCUACGGCAAAAGGAAAGUCUGAACGGGAAGAUUACGCGAACGAGGGCGAAGAUAACGAUGGUGCCUUAACCAGAUACGGUGGAAAGGACCCGACGUGCGACCCCCCGGUUCCUAUCUGUCCUAUUGGAACGACCAAGAUGUAUAACAUGCCAGACCCAGCCGACUGCAGAUAUUACUACGUGUGCACCCCUAAGGGAAUGUUCAGGCGCAUGUGCCCUCUCGGUUACAACUUGAAUCCCGUUCAUCUGGUGUGCAUGCCGGCUGCCGACGCGGGAUGUGCCCAAUGGAUACCGCCUUCGCACUGCAUAUUCGAAGCAAUUCCCUGACCGCAGACACAUGGCUGAACGAGAAACGGACUUACCGAAUUUAUUGAAAUGUAUCAUUAAAGGCAAUAAAUUAUAAAACCAA